AUGCGCACAUGUUCACGCACCCCCUCACCUAUUCCCAAAAACAAACACCAUUUUCUCACUGACAUAUAAACGCAUAAACGUCUACAAACAGGCCACACACAUGCACGCACGUCCCCGCAAGCACGAAUGCCCUUUGCAAGUUCUCCCUGAGUGUGUGCUUGCGACCAUUUUCUCUCGCCAUUGCCUCGAGCCGGCGUGCAAAGGGACCCCAAACAGAUUCCUUCAUUGUGAGAUUCCCGGCGUAUGCCAUCCCGCCAGCGACUUGCCACGGGUCUUGCGUCUCCUCCUCCCCCCGUCUGCCGCAGAGAGGAGCAAGGAGAGCGAUAAAGAAGGGAGAUAAGAGAGAGAAGAAAGGAGGCAGAGGUCGCGAGUGGGAAGUAUUGACCCUCGCCUCUUGCUCCCCGUCCGUCCCUUCCUCGGCGCCCGGACCUCUUAUUAUCGCCCCUCCUCUCUCUCUCCUUUAUCCAUUUCGCCGUUUCGGUAUUCGCAAAUGACAUGUGAGGAACUCCGAUGCCAUGGUGACCCAGUGCCCGCCCGAGUUGGACAGGAGAAGUUGAUGGGUUGAAAAAGCAGUGGAUUUUUCUCUCUCUCCCUCUCUCCCUCCUUCAGAAUGGAGGCGAGUGAGUAAAAAGUGAGUAAGGAGUGAGUGAGUGAGUGAGGUCUUUCUCUCCCUCACACCUCACGCUCUUUGCCUCACCUCCCCCUCCUCAUAGGUGAAUCAUGAACCCCAGCAGCACACAAGCAACAGUUGGAAACAUUGCUGGAAUAUUUGGGCAUUAAACCGGCAUCGUCUGUGGCUGGAGACAGUUACGUCGAAGAGCCUCCAUAUGUUGUAGUUCCAAACAAGGAAUUUAAUGGUGCUUAUCAGACCCCAUACAAGGACAGUAAAGAGCUGGAGGAGGUGUGUGAAGGGGAUGUCCCUUUUGUAGAGUGUCGUGUGGAAAUACAGGACGGAGGCGAACCCGGUGCCAAACCUCCUCCGGAACAUAACGAUUAUAACUAUAAGGUGAAGGAAGAACCACUGGAUAUCUUUGCAUCAAGUGACAAUGGGUACACAUCAUCCACCCCGUUCAAUCCCUUUUCCUCCGACGACAGUAGUAGCUACACCAGCUCUAGUAACCCCAUAUACUCGGAUGCUAUGAAGAAUGAGACCACGUUAGACCUUCUCAUGACCAGCAUGAACGAAGACCUGAACCGCCGCUACGGGGUGGUGGACGGCGAGGCGCUCUACCCGCGCCACGGUUCCAGUCCGGUCGAGCAGCUGAACAGCACCGGCAGCAGCAGCGGUCACCACCCUCACCACCACUCGCAGCACCAGCAGCAGCACAGCACCAGCGAGUCGGAGCAGCACCCGAACCAUCAUCACCACCAUCACCACCAGGCUGCCUCUGCUGGUAGCAAGGCGGGAGUCUCGCCCGCGGGAUGGCAGCACAGCAUCUUCCAGGAGUGCCCCCCGUCCGGUGCGGCCGCCUACUCGCGCGACCCCUGCGCGGCGGACGGCCACCUGUCCAGCGAGGAGGCGGCGCAGCGGCGGCAGAAAGCGGCGGCCAAGAUCAAGAAGGAGUACCGGCGCCUCAAGCGGGAGAACAUGACGGAGGAGGAGAUCCGCGCGCAGCGGGCGCUCAUGGCGGCGCUGUGCAGGAUGCGGAGGCAGCUCCGGCAGGAGAGCAUGAGCGAGGAGGAGCUCCGGGCGCGGCGGGCGGCGGCAGCGGCGGCCCAGAGGGAGCUGCGACGCCGCGCGCGGGAGAACAUGUCGCCGGAGGAACUGGCGGCGCACCGCGCCAUGGUGGCGGCGGCACAGCGGGAGCUGAGGCGGCGCGCGAGGGAGCGCAUGACGGAGGAGGAGCUGAGGGAGCACCGGGCGGCGGUGGCGGCGGCGCAGAGGGAGCUGCGGCGCCGCGCGCAGGAGAGGAUGUCUGAGGAGGAGCUCAAGCAGCGGCGCGCGGCCGUGGCGGCGGCUCAGCGCGAGCUGCGCAAGCGGGCGCGCGAGAGCAUGACGGAGGAGCAGCUGAUGGAGCACAAGGCGGCCAUCGCGGCCGCACAGCGCGAGCUGCGGCGCCGCGCCAGGGAGAAGAUGACCGAGGAGGAGCUGAAGGCACGGCGCGCGGCGGUGGCGGCGGCGCAGAGGGAGUUGCGCAAGCGCGCCCGCGAGAACAUGACGGAGGAACAGCUGCGAGAACACAAGGCCGCUAUCGCAGCAGCGCAGCGGGAGGCGCGGCGGAGGGAGCGGGAGAAGAUGUCUGACGAGGAGCUGCGGGCGCGACGUGCGGCCGCCGCGCAGGCCCGGCGGGAGCUGCGGCGCCGCGAGAGGGAGAAGAUGAGCGACGACGAGCUGAAGGCGCACCGGGCGGCGGUGGCGGCGGCGGCGGCGGCGCGGCGGGCGCGGCGCCAGUCUAUCCCGGAGACCGUGCCGAAGGAGGAGGAGCCGUCGCAGGACCACCUGGACGCGUACCGCCUGCAGCUGGAGGACCUGUCGCGGGUGGAGCCGGCCGUGGCGCAGCCCGGCGACGACUACCAGGUGCGGGAGCACAUGUCACGGCCCGAGCAGGCGCUGCCGCCGCCCGUCAACGCCUACCACCCGCAUCACGGCAGCGUGGCCCGCCUGGAGCAGCCGCUGCAGCAGCCCGUGGACAACUACCACCUGCACCUGGAGAACCUGUCCCGCAUGGAGCACCACCCGCUGCCGCACCCCAUGAUGGACGCCUACCACCGCCACGAGGGCCUGGCCAGGGUGGAGCAGCAGCUGCACCGCCCCGUCGACGCCUACCAGUUCCCGCUGGGGAGCCUCUCGCGGGUGGAGCACCCUCACGCGCAUCACCCCGGGGCGCAGCAGCCGGCGUGGAUGACCGACCCGCGGCUGCAGGGCUCCAACGCCCUCGUGGCCCACCUGCCGCUGCCCGUGAAGGAGGCCGACACGGGCGACGGCUGAGCCCGCGAUCCCGAGGGCGCCACGGCAGAAGACGACGACGACGACGACAAGUGACCCUCACCUCGCGGGGCGGGUGUCGGCCAGCGGGACCGUCGUGGUGGCUUCGAGGAGACGCCGGAUAGUAGCAACAACAAACCAGAUGCGGAUAGUAAUUACUGAUACAAUCCACUUAGUUGUGCGGUUUCCAAGCACUGCACAGAUUAGUGGGACGAGACAUUACUCAUGAUCUGAAUAAGUUUUUAUUUGUUCCCUCCUGUCAUGAAACGAAGAAGUGACCGCAUUCAUGACCCCGAGGUCAAGGGAAUGGAGAAGAGACAAAAUGGUUAAAGGGAAAGGAAGAAAAACGGAAAUCCUUAUGAAGAGGAAAAGGGAAGGAAAAGACGAGUCACAAAAAUUUGUGAUAGUGCGGGAAAUGGGGGUGUGUGGUUGCCAUUAUUCAUUCAUUCAUAAACAAACUCAUGUCCAUGAAAACACACAUACGCCUGCUCUCGCGCACGUCCACAUACACGUUCACACGCAAUACAAGUGCAUGUCUACUAGCACGUGCACUUACAUGUAUAAAUGCACUUACACAUACGCAUACAUCGUCAUAUACUUACUCUUACACACACACACACACAUUAUCACGUACAUGCCACACAGACAUACGAAUGUAUGUGCGUGUGUGUGGGGAUGGGGGGUAAGCAGAUAU